UCUAGUAUUCAUUCACACUCCUUAAUGAUUAUAUGUACCGAUCAUAUGAUAUAAGGCUGAAUAGGGAUCCCAACGAUGACGAUGAUCUUCCAAUUACCCUUGAGGACCAUGCUGAUGCUGGUGGCAUUGGAGGGAAUCAAGCCCAAGCUGUUGAAUCUGAAUAUGAAUCAGGACGGACCUCUGAUGAAGAGGACGAAGAAGAUAUUACCUGGAUAGAAUGGUUUUGUAAUACUCAAGGCAACGAAUACUUCAUUGAAGUUGAUGAAGACUAUAUAAGGGAUUCGUUUAACCUCACCGGUCUACGCGAUAUUGUGCCUUACUAUGAUAUAGCACUCAAUACGAUACUAGAUCUAGACGAGAGGAGCUACGUUGGUCGAGCGAAUGAUAGCAGGUCUUCAACAAUCGAGAAUUCGGCCAAACUUCUCUAUGGUUUGAUACAGGCUAGGUUCCUGAUUACCAAUAGAGGUCUUGAAGCUCUACAUGAUAAGUACACAGCAUCAGCUUACGGCAUAUGCCCUAAUGCAGACUGCGAAGCUGCUAGACAGGCGGUGUUGCCUAUAGGACGUGAUCAGCCAUACGUCUCUACAGUGAAGGUAUAUUGCCCACGAUGCAAUGAGAUAUACCAUCCUCCAUCUCAGCAGGCUAAAUUGGCCUCUUUUGAUGGUGCAUUCUUCGGUAGUUCGGCGGCGCAUAUGUUCAUUAUGAUGUAUCCCCACUUCCAGCCUUCGACCGCUGCCCGACCAUAUGAACCAACGGUCUACGGUUUCAAAGUACAUUACUCUGUGCGGGAUAUGAUCAGACAGUUGUAUGCAGAAAGGCAGCAACGACUCCGUGAAGGGCAUGCAGGAUUGUCCUUGUCGGCAGCGGCGGCGGCGGCGGCAGGCGCACAUCAGUGAUGACCAUUAUGAGAU